CGCGAUGCUGGAUGAGUUAGCGUUGGCCUGUGUGCCGUUCGCUAUCGCGGCGGAGACGGCGGCCGCGGCUGCGGCUGCAGCCACAGCCGCCGAGUUCGUCCCCGCCGUGUUUUGCUGCUGCUGAGCAUUCUGCAGAUAGCUCGGAUUCAGCAGCGACGUAAAAUUCCGCGGCUGAUUCAUUACAGCCGAAGACGACGCCGAUUGCCCGGCGUGACGUUUCUGCUACUAUUCCACUCUACGUACACGCGUUCCUCGUCGACGCGGCGCACUCGCGGUCGACGCCCAACCAAGCCCACGCGACGUGGACGAGUAACGUGAGAGCGGGAGAAUAGUUUACACGACUCGAGGGAAAAUGGCGAGACCCGUGCGAUCUGAAGGCACCGUUAGCAGCACACUUCCAUCCUGACGCACCGCGACCGGAUGUCAGCGCGUAUCCCCUCAGGACGCGUUUACACGCGAGGCUUCUGGUUGGUCGGUUGUUCUAGGGUCGCGUCGACGAACCAAUCGCGAAAAGAGGCGAGACUAGGCCGAAAGAGAUUACAUGCGAGCGAAGGCCUAAUUGGGACUCUACAUGUCAAUAUUUUUUAUUGUACAUUUUAUGCUCCUAAUAAACUUGAUUAAUAAACAGCUUUACUAUUUUGUGUUUACGUUACAGUGUUUAUCAUUAUAUUUGCGUGAAAUCUUGGGAAUUUUGAAAAUAGGGUGUCGUAGCUUCGCUUUUAAUUUUAAUUCAAUCGAUUUCGUGAAAUAAAAAAAAUGUCGGAUGACGUUAAGAUCUUGCUGAAGGAGGCCCGUGAGUCUUUCAGGCAGAAUGAAUAUCUGGAGACUAUGAAGAAGUGUAAAAAGAUCUUGAAGAAAGAUAAAAACAAUUACACAGCAUUGGUUUUGUUAGCACGUGCCAUGCAGGAAAUAGAGGAAUUCAAACCACAGGUACCCUUGGUUCUUCAAAAAGCUGCUGAGAUACAACCGAAUAAUCCAGUAGCUUGGCAAGGUCUAGUGGCAUAUUAUGACAAAGCACCACAAGAUAAUGACAAUUGGGGAAAGCUAGCUCUAGCUUAUUGCAAACUUUUACAAUUGGAUAGUGAUUCUCCCAAGUUCACAUAUUUCGUCAAUAAAGUCUCAGAAAUUGUUCUGAGAACCAAGGAUGAUGACAUACUAUCCGAAGUAUUAGAUACAUUGAGUAUGUUACGAGAAGUUUCUACCAAAGAGAAGACAAGCCUGAUCGAUAAAACUCUAGCAUGGGUUUUAACAGAAUACCCUAAUAAUAGUUUAACCAAGUAUCAGGAAUUUUACGAAGAUAUAUUAGCAUCUGUAAUAAAAGAUACAGAUAUAGUGAAUAGACAAGAGUAUUAUAGAAAAUAUUUAAAGAUGUUAUAUGAUUCAAAUAAGUUUACAGUUUUAUUAACAGCAGCUCAGGAUAUGCAUAUUCAAUUUCCACAGGAUGCUUAUCCUCUAGAAUGGAUCUGCCGUAUCUAUUAUGAAGAGGCUAUAUUGAAUGAAAAGAAUCUUGACAUUAACAUAACUGAGAUUUAUGAAUCCCUUUUAAAGCUGAAUGCAAAUUCCGAGGCUGCAUUAAUUGCAAAAGCAGUAUAUUUGAAGAGCACAGAUAAAUUAAUAAAUUCUCGCGAGUGUUUAAAUCAAGUAAUCUCAUUAAAUACGCAACUAUUCUAUGCCUGGUUAAUAUUAAGCCAAGUAUAUUAUGAACUAUAUUGCUGGGAACAAACCGAGAAUGCUUCUAAACAAGCAUUACAAUUGAUGAAACCACACUUGAAGGACAAAUUGUAUUAUAAAAUUAAGUUGAGAUUACUUGAAGCAAUGAGUAGAAGUAAUAACAAACAAAAGUUGAUGGAGACACAACAAAUGUGUGAAGAGCUAUUAAAGACUGAAUCUUCUGUGCAAUUGCAAUUGAUAUAUGUAUGGACAAAUACUUUACUUGAUAAGCCUGAUGCUAUUACUGUAUUAACCAAUUUGGAAUCCCAAGAUGAAGUUAAAAUCCAAGCUCUUAUAUUUAAAGCAUUAUACCUGAAGAAGUACAAGCAAUAUGAGGAAGCCAUUAAUACUCUUGAGUUAGCUCUAAGUAAUUCCGAAGCUUGGUUGACAUUUGGUAAGAUAUAUUGGGAUAUGGGCGAUUAUAAUCACAGUCUGAUGGCAUUCUUAAAUGGCGUCCAAGCGGAUCGCAAUAAUUGGGAAUGUAUGGUUUAUUUGGGACAUUAUUAUCGCGAGCACGGGAAUGAUAUCGAACGUUCGAGAAGAUGUUAUCACACUGCGUUGCAAAUCAACCCGAAUUCUGAGGAAGCUGGCAUUGGAUUGAGCACAACUUAUCGACUUCUGAAAAACACUGAUGCCAAUAUACAACUAUUACAAAGGGUAACUAUGCAGCAAGGUACAGGAGCAAAAUGGGCCUGGCUCCAACUGGGCCUACAAUAUUUAGAUCAAGGUGAUGCGGGACAAGCUAUCAAGGCAUUACAGCACGUGAUCAGAGCCGACCCUAACGACAAUCAUAGCUGGGAAUCUCUAGCAGACGCGUACUUAGUGCGUGGUGCACACACAUCGGCGUUGAAAUCUUAUCAACGCGCGCUAGAGCUGAGUCCAGGAGCUUUGUAUCCUAUGAUACAACUUGCGAACAUCAAAUUGCUCAUUGGUCAGCAUAAAGAAGCAAAAGAGGAUUUCGAGAAUAUAUUAGAAAAUGAUAAACAAUCUAUUCUUGCAUUAAAAGGUUUAGCACAAGCGUGUUUGGGACUGGCGAAGGAAAAUAUCACAAAACAAUUUCUAUGUCGUGCGAGAGAAAAUUUACAGCAAGCGGCAGAUAGUCUAACAGAUGCUAUCAUGAUACGUAGUGAUCUAUCUUGUAAUUGGAAAUUGCUUGGUGAUAUCUGUUUUAACACAGUUAGUAUGCCAGAAAAGUAUUGUUACUUAAGAGUCAAGCCUAUUUUAAUGAAAUGCGACAAUACCGAGGAAUAUAUGAGAAUUAGAGGGAAUGAAAUACUCACAUUGUCAAUAAGAUGUUUUUGUCGAGCACUGUCAAUCACUGUCGACCAAAAUUCUGCAUCUUUAUGGCACGAUUUAGCAUGCUGUUAUAUGAUGCAAUUAGACAACGAUUCCACAGUCGACAAGGACGAAGUGGCAUCCAAAUGUCUUGCCGCUGCAAAACACGCUGUCAAACUCUGUCCGCAGUCGUGGUUACAUUGGAACAUUUUAGGCGUUAUUUGCAUGUCGCCAUAUAUAAAGAAUUAUGCUUUGUCUCAGCAUUGUUUCAUUAUGGCGAUCGAUCGAGAAUCAAACAAUGCGAUAGCUUGGAGCAAUCUAGGAACAUUGUACCUGCAUUUAAGAGAUAUCUAUAGAGCGAAUGAAGCAUUUUCUCGAGCGCAACGUGCGGAUCCUAGUUACAUGAAUAGUUGGAUAGGUCAAGGAAUAAUCGCGGAGAAAUCGUUCAGGAAGGAAGCGAUGGAUCUAUUCCGGCAUUCAACGCAACUGGGUUAUCACAACGAAGCGGCUCUAGGCUAUGCUCAUUGGGUACUAACCACCCUCCUGAAUCCUGCAAUGAAGACUGAUCCGUUAUUUGUUUAUGUUAUCGAAAAAAUGCACGCGAUACCAGCAGCGACUGAUGUUCUCACCUGGUAUACAGAACUUGUACCGAAUGAUGUUUACGCUCUAAAUACCCAUGGUUUGUUGUUGGAACGGCUGAAAUUGUAUAACACGGCGAUUAAGCAGUUUGUUAUAGCUUUAAAACUAAGCCAGGGCGAAAUAAAGGACAUGAUAUCCUUAAAUUUGUCACGUGUCCUGAUUCAAAUCGGAAAACAUGAGGAAGCAAUCGAAUUAUGCAGACAAGUAAAAUGUAGUUUCAACUCUCAAUGCCAUCUGGCAUUAUCUUUAUUCAAAGCCAAGCAGUAUGAAGAAUCGUACAAUACGUAUGAAGCAGCUCUACAUUGGCUAGCUGACACUGGAACGGACAAAGCGAAUGUUUUAUGCGCAAUGGCUGCGAUUGCUUACAUUUUCCAAGGAGCGGACGCUGUCAAGACUCUGCUGUUCCAAUGCAUACAAAUAAAGCCGCCUACCAUAGCUGGUUUCUUGGCAACCGCCGCAUUAGGAAUUCUGCACGACGAUUUCAAUUUGACCUCUUUAGUACUGGAGGAAUUGAAACCGUACACAAAUCAUCACGAGUAUGGUCAUCAUGUCAUCACGUUGUCCGCAUAUUACCAUGUUAUUCAAGGAAACCUUACGGAAGCUAUCCGAAUUUUUACCAAAGCUAUUUUCAGACAUCCUAAUGACAUUAGAUAUUGGAUUCGUCUUGUCAGAGUCUCAUUGUUGAGCACAAAUUUAGACAUUUUCCGCAAAUGUGCUCAGACAGCAUUAGUUUUAAGCAGAAAUACGUCCAUGACUGAUAUUGUAUAUGUCGCUUGUGCAUCCGCGUAUAGCCAUUUCGGUACCAUAAAGGGCCUCAGACAGGCUCAGAAAAAUAUAUUUACAUAUCCCACCAAUGUUGAAAGCUGGGCUAAUUUUACUGCUGCUCUUCUACCUAGAUGUACAGACAAGGAUUCCAAGAUUAAUAAUCAAUGGAUGUUAUCAUUAAUAUCCAUGAUAAGAUCACAAUUUCCAACUUCCGAAUGUAUGUCACAAUGGUUGCUUCGUAACGCACAAGAACUUAAUAGUUUUUAAGUUAACAAAAUCUUGUAACUUAUUUUUAUGAUUUAUUAGAAAAAUAUAUUUUGUAUGCAUUGUAUAU